AUGGACGCCAUCAAGAAGAAGAUGCAGGCGAUGAAGAUCGAGAAGGACAACGCUCUCGAUCGAGCCGAUGCCGCCGAAGAGAAAGUCCGUCAGAUCACCGAGAAGUUGGAGCGAGUUGAGGAAGAACUCCGCGACACACAGAAGAAGAUGAUGCAAACAGAAAACGAUUUGGAUAAGGCCCAGGCUGUAACCUCAAGUGCCACAUUCAAAGGAGUUUUUGGUUCAUCACAACGAACUGGUUAG